AUGGUGAAUUCGCCACUGCCAACGGGUGCUGUCUCAGUGGUGCAUAAGAAAGAGAUCUCCACCAUUGGUAAAGUAGCCGCUCACGUCCCUGACCUUAUUGUGUACGGUGACUUCUCCCAGGAGGUGCCAUUCACUGAGAAAUUUGACGGUGUCUUGCUCUUUAUCGACAUCUCAGGCUUCACAGCUCUGACAGAGACCUUCAGCAUGAGUUCAAGCUUCGACUAUGGGGCUGACCAGCUUACCCAGACACUCAAUCAAUAUGUUGGUGACAUCGUGGAGGAGGUGAUGAUUUUCGGAGGUGACGUGUUGAAAUUUGCAGGUGAUGCGUUGCUGGCCCUCUGGAAGGUAGAUCGUCGCUAUAUAAAUGACAUCAUCACUCUGGCCCUGAAAUGUAGCUUGAGCAUCCAGCAAGAGUACGGACUUUAUGAGACAGAUGUGGGACUGACGCUGCGAGUGAAGAUAGGGCUAUCUGCAGGUCACAUCUCAAAAGUUGUUAUUGGAGACAAAAGGCACCAACAUUUCCUCGUAAUUGGCCGGGCAGUGGAUGAAGUGCGAUUGUCUCAGAACCUAGCAAAGGCUGGUGAAAUUAUCCUGUCACCCAACUGUUGGGAGCUCUGUCACCAGAAAUUAAUUGUGGUAGAAAAGAUCCCAGAUGAACGUGCAGUGAAGCUUAAGUACAUUAAGGAUGUCCCUACAUUAGAUGAAGAGAUGUUCUAUGAAAAGUGCGCACAGUACCUGUCAGGCAACCACAUCUCUGAAAGUUCUGAUAUCCUGAGAAAUGCCUCAGUACUACCUCCAAAUGAAGAACAUGAGAAAAGACUGCGAAAAUUUGUAACGAGGAACAUUUUGAAGAAGAUUGAUGAUGACCAGCCCCUGGAGUAUUUAUCGGAGCUUCGUCCAAUUACCACGGUCUUUGUAAACUUGCAGUUUCUUGAAAGCGCCAAUAUUUAUCACUUGACAAAGGCCAUCCAGGAUGCCAAUGCUUACAUCACAGAAACAGUACGCCCCUUCAGAGGCAAGAUCAAUAAGAUCUUCAUGUUUGACAAAGGUUGCACCUUCCUUUGCAUAUUUGGUCUUCCUGGAGAUAAGCAGGCAAAUGAAAGCACACAGGCUCUCGACUGUGCCUAUAAAAUCCACACGUUCUGUGCUAUGUCUCUCAUGAAAAUAAAGGUUGUUUCCAUCGGGGUCACUUGUGGGCUGGUGUUCUGUGGAGUAGUCGGCCACCAUCUGAGACAUGAAUAUACAGUCGUUGGCCGGAAAGUGAACCUGGCUGCCCGGAUAAUGAUGUACUACCCAGGAUUAGUGACCUGCGAUGAAACCACCUACUUGGAAUCCAAGUUGCCAUUCUAUUUCUUUCAAGAGGUCCCAGUAACUGAGAUGAAAGGCAUACUGAACCCUGGGACCAUCUAUAGAUUUCUUGGUAUCACUGAGAAAACACUAAUUGGCACAGCAUAUCUGACCAAGCAGAGAUCGCAAGAUUAUCCUUUACUGGGUAGGAAAAGAGAAACAGAACUCUUUGAAGUCUCACUGGAAACAUUCAAAGACUCCAGAAAAAGCCAUAUCAUGUUGUAUGAAGGCCUCUUUGGAUAUGGGAAAAGCCAGCUAAUGGCUGAAAUUGCCUACCUAGGGCAAACUGAUGGCCAAAGGGUUGUGGCUGUGGAGUUAGGGAAGAUAAAUGUGUCACAGAACUUCUUCACUGUCCAGACACUCAUGGCUAUAUUCCUGGGGAUUGAUACCUGCAAAACCUAUGAUGCUAGACAGCGCAUCAUUCUGAACAAAAUCCGUGGAAUAGUAGAAGAUUCCUAUUUUUGUCUUCUCAACAGGCUCUUUCAUGUUAAGUUUCCCGCUUCAGAAGAAGUUUCCAAAAUGGACAAUGAAAAAAAGAAUGAAGAGAUGGAAACUGUUCUGAUAAAGAUUCUUCAGAAGGCAGCAGAGAAAGAAAUUCUUAUUUUUGUAAUUGAUGAAGCCCACUUCAUCGAUUCGGCUUCCUGGGGCUUCCUGGAAAAGUUGCUGAGGACGAUCCCCAUCUUUGUUGUCAUGUCUUUGUCUCCUUUCAAACACCAGGGACUAGUACCUUGCUCGGCUGCAGCUCGAAUCCUGGGUUGCAGGGCAAACUCUUACAUUAAAUUAAGGGAGCUCACUCCUGCUGUGAUUGUUCAGAAGGCCUGCCAGGACCUUGGGGUGGUCAGCAUCGCCAGGGAACUUGAGAUGUUCUUAAUACACAGAAGCCAUGGAAACCCGUUUUACUGUGAGGAGCUCCUUCGGAACCUCCACCUAAACAAUGUCCUUCAGUUCUAUGUGCUGGAAAACGAUGAAGAAAGCGAGGACGAGUGGGACAGGCUUUUCACCACUAGAGUCCUCAGUCCUGAAGAGUGCGAACUCCUUGAAAAUGAAGAGAAGGGAUCAUACAUUUGUACUGUCAAGCAGAACGUGAAGCUGCACGAUAUAAUGCUUCCUCCAACAUUAAAAGGGGUUGCUUUGUCUAAGAUAGACAACAUGAACCCUUCAGAGCAGAUGGUGGUGAAAUGUGCUGCUAUCAUUGGUAAAACUUUCAGCACACACUUGCUGCUCCACAUCCUUCCCAAAUGGACCAAGAUGAAGAUGAACCAGACACUGGCAGCCCUGGUGGAAACCCAUAUCUUUGAGUGUUUUACUGAAGGAAAAACACGGUUUACUAGCCAAACCAUGAAUGUAUUCACCCACGAGCUUGGCAACUUCCCCAAGUCCAUGGCAAUGGUUGGGCAAGUUUCAGAUCUUGGAUCGGUCAUUGCCAACAGUAUCAAGCAAGAGGAGGCGGUGAUGCAAUGCAAAUCCAUGGGAUUUUGCACCCCGCUGUUGCAGGAAGCAGCCUAUGAGCUCUGGCUCAAGAGCCAGAAAAGAAACUUGCACCUCAAGUGUGUCAGUUACCUGGAAAGCGAUGCGCAUCGAUGCAAAUGCUGUGGGCAAGGGGAUUUCGUGAACUUCCACCAGUACGUCGUGGAUGGCAUGCUGAGGAAAGCAGAUAUACAGGAGCUUAAAAAUGAGUCAGAAAGAGACAUGCUGAGUGAGGCUGCCUCAGUCAUUGUUUCCCAAACACUGAUAUGUCUGAAUGCAUCCAUACAAGAAAGUAGAGGUGAAUCCUUCGUUGGCAAUUUUUGGGAAAAAAUGGGAUGUAAAAGGAGAACUGUGGCAACAGAGCCUGGAGGCACUGGCCCAUCUUUUCUCCUUCUCCUUUCUGACAGAAUGGAAGAUACAGAGAAGGCAUUUCUAAGCCGGCUGGAUGAAAUCAUCUGGCUUCUGGAGUAUGGCGUGAAAAAGGUCAAAACCAAGGGCUCCUGUAGUUGUGAAGAGACGGUCGACUCUGUCAUUGUGCCCUUGUCCCACCACUGCAUGGCUCUUGGACAGAACAGCCGUGCCUUUUAUUAUUUAUUGGAGUCGGCAGCUGCCUAUGUACACCUCUCCAACAACUACAUGGCCUUUAUGUACCUGAAUACAGCAGAGAGCCUGUUAAAAUCCUUGGACCCCAAGCAGAAAAUCAUUAGCCACUUCGAGAAGUCCGUUUUGUACAGUCUCAAGGGCGAGGUCAGUUACAAUAUGGGUCAGUAUAAUUUGGCAAAAAAACUGGCGAGGAAAGCUUUGGAGUUUUCAAAGAGAAGCUUCCCCUUGACCAUCGUUGGAGCCUUUUUCAUGUCCAUGGUGGAAAAUUCCAAACACAGGUCGCAUCAGAAGAAGCGGGCGUCUUGGCAAGCACCCAGAGGCAGAGAGAAAAGAUUAGCUAUCCUAUAUCAGCAAUGCCGCUGCCUUUCUUUACUGUGGCAGAUCUUUUGCCGGGACCCUUCCACAAAUAGUAAGAAGUUUGCCCACUUGGCAGCUCUCAUGAUGGUGAACUGUGCCGAGGAGUCUCAGGAUGAGUGUCAGAUAGUCUCCUCUUACAUGGAGUUCUCACUCUGCUGUCAGGCAAUAGGCAAUCAACAGGAAUGGAGGAAAUAUGAGGAAAUGGUCAUUAAACAUAGUUCACACCUUGGAAUUGUUGGAACAGAACUAUUUACAGUGGUUAAACUGGCAUCAUCAUUAGCCUACAUGAAACUUUGCUUGGGGAGCUUGCCUUUAGCCAUUCAGCUGGGCUAUCGAGUGCAUCAAAUGUGUGUGCAGACGAAGAAAUUUAAGCUUAACUACAAUGUUCUUGCGAACCUUUUCAAAGCUCUUUUUCUCAACAUCAGGUACAAAGAAUCUGUGCAAGUGCUGAGUUGGCUGGAAAACCUCUCCUUUCGAGACGACAAUGUCAUUGGGAAAGCCUAUUUCAUUUCUGGAUGCUUGGACCUCUUGCUUUAUGCGGGUUUUGCAUAUAAGCCAUUUCAGUACUGCCUGGACUUCAUCCUUGCCAACGCUACAAACUGCAUCCUGGUGUCUCAAACCGGCAUCAUGCUUUGCCUGUAUUCUUCUGUGGGAAUUUGGUUUGCCAGACUUCAUGUCUGGGAAGACUUCAAAGAACCAUUUGAAAAGGCCAGAAUGCUGGUGAGGAGGACGUGCGCCUCGCUCGUUGCUAAUUACGGCUUCUGCAAGUUUGUGGAAUGCGAGGCUCUGCUGCUGCAAAAAUAUAUCGAAGAAAGGCCCGACAAAGUCCGUGAGUGGCGCAGCAAGACUUCAAGGAAUUUGGAACAAGCAUUGGCCCAGUGCUCCACCACUCCAGUCUGCUACCCCAGGCUGUACCACCUGAAGGCCUACGUGCAGCUGAUGCUCGGGCAUGAUGAACAGAGCCAAACGCUUCUUGACAUGGCGUUUCAGAGCUGUAACGACAACAAUUUGGAGAGAUCUUGGCUGGAAUUCAGCAGGGAAUGGUGGUUCACUGGAAAGGACCCCAUGGAAGACUGGUGGUUGAAGUCCGCUCCAAAUUUCCCAGUGUGGAAAGUAGGAAUGUCAGCUACAGACCUUGGAUCCUUUGAUAAAAAUAAAUACCUGCUGAAGAUGCCAGAGCUGGAUAUUGACAAUCUGUUCCCAGAAAUGAAAAGUGAUGACCAGAUUACAUAG